AUGAAAACUGCACGCCACGUGGAGCACCAAAAAAGCGAAUUGGUACUGCUUAUCGUGCUGGUCGGCUGCGCUUUUGACCUGGUCAACGUGACAGCCACUAUCUCGAGCAUGUCCGAAAUACAACGCCAUUUCAACACCACGUACUCCCAAGCGUCGUGGAUUUUGUCUGCGUACGCUGUGGCAUUCUCGGGGUUCAUCGCCGUUUCGGGCCGCAUUGGGGACAUUAUUGGCCACGCUGACUUAUACAUCUGGAGCUCUGUUUUGUUUGCGCUCUUUUCGCUGCUUUGCGGUGCUGUGGACAGUCUGACCGCACUGAUAGUGUUUAGAACGUUGCAAGGAGUGGCUGCCGCUGCUCUCGUGCCGUCCGGAUACGCAAUUGUGGCGCGCUCGUUCCCGCCCGAAAAACUGGGCUCCCGCUUCUCUAUUUUGGCCGCUGGCUUCAGUCUUUCGUUUGGCGUUGGCUAUAUAGUGGGCGGAGCGUUUGACCUGACAUCUGUGGGGUACAAAGGCAUCUACUAUGUGUCCGGCGGCGUGAUGUUUGUGGACGCCGCGCUGGGUUUCUUCUUCAUCAAGCAUAUACCGCCUACGGGCGAGAAGGUGGCCAAUCUGGACGCCGUUGGCUCAUUACUGCUGAUCGGUGCUACUACCCUCGUUGUGGUUGGCUUCACGGAGGCAGGUGAAGUGUGGAACUCGCCGAAAACGUAUCUCCCGUUGCUUAUGGGAGGAAUUUUCUACGUGGUGUUUUAUUUCUGGAACACGGAGAUUUUGGCACGCAUCCAACAAAGCGGCCGGCGUUUCAAGCAGACAGUUCCGCUAAUGCCCAGAUCGCUGCUGACGACGCUGGUACCGGUGUGUGUUUUGGUGGCUGUCUUCAUGAAUUACUGCACGCUGUUUGCAAUCAUCUCGCUGUCGGCGGAGUAUUUCCAGUACGUGGAGCAAAACUCGCCGAUAUUAGCCGCAGUCAAGCUGGCCCCAAACCUGAUCGGCAUGUUCGUCGUGACGAUAUUGUUGUCCCUGAAAAACGACAUUCUGUCGCCAUACACCUCGUUCAUGCUGGGCUACUCGGGGAUCGUGGCCGCGGCAGCAUUAUGUGCGACGUGGAAUAGUAACCACAGCCACUUCUACUGGCGGUGGAUUGUGCCCAUGCAGGUGCUCUCGUCCGCGGGCAGCAGCUUUUUCUUCCCGCACUCCCUCAACGUGCUGAUCGGCGCAGCGGACCCCGACGUGCGCGGCCUUGUGUCGGGCGUGAUGCAGACAUUUGGCCAGGUCGGCGUGAGUCUGUGUUUUGCGGUGGUCACGUCGGUGCUGGGCAACGGCGCCAAGACAGACGAUAAAUUCCGCAUCUGCGGCUACGUGCUAAUCGCGGUGGCCUCUGUGGGCUGGCUGUGCUGUCUUGCGGUGUAUAUACGGGGCCACAAGACAAGAGAAAAAACCCCCGACGCAUAG